GAGGCAUCUUUAAGAGACGUAUUGGAACAAGAGAACUUUAUACCAAUCAGUGAAAAGAUAACACCCAAAGCACUGACAAAAUGUAAGAAGAACUGUUUGUUUAUGUCAAUGGAGGUGAGUUCAUCGAUAUAAGACCCCUUUAAUGCUUUCUGGCCUCUCUGGCUUGUGAGCCAGUCUAUCAGAGUAGUAACCUCUUCGUCAGGUUUUUCUUGUUCAGUGUGACUUUUGUUGUUUCUUUCGUUUCUCAGCAAGAAAGAGAUAACGCAAGACUCUCAGAGAUUAAAAACAAACUGAUUUAAAGAGCUGAAGUAAAGUAAUCAUCACUAUAAGAAGUAUUUUUCCUCGCGAGACGAACCUUUCAAAAAAUCUUGAAUUUCGUUGAACAAACGUGUGCCAAAAUAGGUUGCAAUUUCCAAACUACCUUCAAAGUACUGUUUGUCAAGGGGAAUUGUUAACGAGUUUGAGAACGUUAAUGCAGUCAACAAUUUAAUUUGAAUCAAAACGAACCCCGGUGGAAAACACUACAUACACCUACGAUAAAAGACCCAUAUAAUGGAACUGCGAGACAGUAUACUUGCUUUUUUGUUUGUUUACACCGAGUACCUGCUUUUUUUCCAAGGUGAGUUAUGAACUUCGUCGUUUAGCAAGUAGAAAGCUACCAAAUGUAGAUGAUGUAGCCAAUAUGGCGUCUUUAGUUGAAGAGUUCACCAACCGUCUGAUCGAUCCUCUGAAGUCUGAUUUCGACCUCUGCGCGCGUUUCGAAAGGUGUUUUGAUAACGUGAUGGAGAAUGCUAUAGAAUUUGAGCAAAAAAAGGUGCGUUCUUGAAGCAAGGUUUUUCAUAUAUUCCACUGAACACCUCUCCGAGAGGUGGAGUAGAAUUUGAUGAUUUACAAUCUUGAUGUAUAGCUAAUUAUUUGUUCUUGGAAGCCUGAUCGUCUCUUAAGUCGCUGUUGUGGGCUUGUGCUAUCUAUUUACACAAAAACCCUUCAUUGUCUCUUUUCAAAUUUAGCUGAAGGGGUACAUUUCAAAAGAAACUGUGCUACUACGUCGGUUGGGGAGUAGCCCGCGAGCAAGCUCUCCGGGGCGCUCUGGCGGCGGGGCGGGAAAAGGAAAGAGAGCUUGCAAAUACGUCUCUGAAAUUUGAAUAUCUGCAUCGAAAAACUCGAUGCGAAAUGCUGAUUGGCGGAGAUGACAUUAGUAAUCACGUCCCUAGACUGUUCACAGUCCCCUAUUUUUUCGUGAGAUGGUCGAGGCCCUCUUGACUUUCAAAUGUACCGAGGGGGGCGGGCGUCGGGGAUUACAGCUGUAGGGGGAGGGGGGCGAGAAAAACAGAGGGACUGUAAUAACAUCACUGUAGCUUGCGUUGUACCAGCAACGCAGGUGUCUGAUUGGUCAUUAGACAAUAGAUGUUAAUUUGCGUUGACAACGGGUUUAGUUUAAGUUGCCGACACUGACAAGUAGUUGACAAGCCGUCGUUUCCAUAAAACGUACGCUUCAAUGAUACCACCAUAAGGCACAUCUUCCGCCAACACACGAAGGAUUUUUGGUAUUCUGAGGAUGAAUCACGUAAGCCAACAUGCUUUUGAAGCAACCCGGCCAGGGGAAUAUUGUAACAGUUUCUGCCAAACGAACUGAAAUCUAACGCUACGCCGACUGAAGGCAAACCCGUGAGAAAUUACAGUGUUUGUAUGAGAAUCUAAUGUCGAAUAAUUUCCCUAAAACGGCUGUUUUAAAAAAUAUAUGAACGGUAAACUAAAGCGUCACUCUCAAGGAUUCUACUGAAAAAAAUUGAGGGCGUUACAUGCGCUAGAAGACCUAAAACCUUUUUUACAAAUUUUCUAUACAUUUGUCUGUAAAAAUUUCCCGGGAAAAAUUGCAGACAAAUAUAUGGAAAAUCUAAAGCAAGCUUCUGGAGAAAUUUAAGCACAGUAGCGGCCCCCAAAAUUUGUUGGUAAAAUCCUUUGCUGUGUAGCUUUAGUUUACAGUUCAUAUUUUUUCCAGAACAGCCGUUUACGGAUAUUAUUCGACAUUGGAUUCUCAUACAAACACUGUAAUUUCUCACGUUUGCCUACUCGUCAAGAUGGCGUCGAAACACGAGCUGCAGUGAUGUUAUUACAGUCCCUCUAUUUUUCUCGCUUCCUCCCAAACCGCCCCCUAAGUAGUUUGGACACUCAUGCAAGAUUGCAGCCCGUAACGCAAAGCGCCCGAUCUCGACGAUCUUACGGAAAAAUAGAGGACUGUGAACAGUCUAUCACGUCCCUUGGCGCGUGCUUUCACGUAUUUUUCAAUGUUUGUUAAGGCGGAAAUCUGACAGCUCAGUCGACGGUGACUCCCCGUCAGGGAGCCACAGGGCAAUUCGAGGCGGAAUUCAAAUUCCAGAUACAUGGUUGGACGCUCUCCGUCCUUUUUCUCGCGCCGCCGCCAGAACUCCCCGGAGAAGUUGCUCACAGGCUAGUUGGGGAAUAACACAAAUUUUGCCACCGACCGUGAGAAAAAAACACAGACUAAAGUGCUCCUUUUGAUUCUCUGCUCUUCUUGGGAGCGAAUCCAUCAUUAUAAUCAGACAUCUAGGGGUAAUUUAAAGCAAAACGUUGCGGGGUUUGCUCUGAUAGUGGUUCUGUCGACCAAGUGCUGGGGCUCGAAACACCAGCUUUUGAAUGCAGUCAAACCUGUAUUAAGCGACCACCCCCGGGAAUUAGCCAGUGACUGCUUAAUAGAGGUUUUCUAAAAGUAGGCCCAAAACUUGUGGCAAAAAUUGACCUAGAGGGCAAAAUUUGUCACUCUAUUACAAUUUAUAGUUCACAAUAACAGUAACGCGAAAUAUGACAAAAGUAUCUGGAUGUUCUGAGGAGUUCAGGCCAAAACAACAAAUUUCACAGUAACGUAGUUCUUAAGGCUAACGAUGAAGAGAAAAAUUCAGUUUAAGUCGUCUGUGAUUUGGGCUUGUGUUAUGUUGAGUUUUAUGAGUUGUGAAAGACACUGGACAUGCUUCGCUUAUCUUCGUUUCCAAAAAAUUUGCUAUUUAUUGAUUGUUAUGCAUCAAGGUGACCGUUUAACAGACUGACGUAAAUUACAUUAAAAUUAGCCAUCUGGGAUAUCCACUGCAGACGAUGACCGCGUCCGCAUACUGUAAUAGAGGUGACCGUUGAAUAGAGGUCAAACUUACAGUGAAUAUGGAAAGCAAAUUUUGGGAAAUUGAUAGAUGACCGCUUACUAGAGGGCGUAUGUUUGUGGUAAAUUGGCAUCAACUCCGCUCAGGUUAAUCGUAAUUGUACAAGUAACAAAAUUGAAGAUGAAAAUCAUUUCUUACUAGAUUGUAAGGCUUAUUUUCAGAUCAGAGACAUAUUUUUCUCGAAACUAGAAACUAAAAUACCUGACUUCAAAUCACUGUCACACGAUACUUUAAGAUCUCUUCUUAUGAAUCCUUCUGAUUAUUUAAUUAACUGUCAAUUAGUUUCAUUUAUCUCGCAAUGCUUUGAAUUAAGAACCAAAUUAAUAUCAAUGAAUGAAUGAAUGAGAACUGUAACGUUUUGUAAUGUUUUGGACGUACUAAUUAGUUGAAUUAGUACUUAAAUUUAGACUUAUAGCUUUUGCAAUACUGUAAUUCCUUUAUGGUCAUGCAAAUAAAGCAUUUGAUAUUGUUGUUGGUGUUGUUAACUGGCUCUUCGCCUUUGUAACGUGAUGAGGAUAAGUAUUAGCAUUAGUACUAUAAUUAUUAACAUUAUUAUAAUUACUAUUACUAUUAGUAUAAUAAUUAGUACGUCUAUUCCUUGUAGACUCAGGCAGGAUGUUCGGCCUGAUUUAUAGUCCUUGGAAGAGGGUUACAACAAGUCACCACAGGUCCCAGGUCUCUCUUUUCCAUCUUCUUAAGGGGACACUGAGUAAUUUCUUUAGUAUCUUUGCUGUCCCCAACAAUGCUGUUUUCUGGAUAACUUCCAACCUCACAUUCACGCCGGUUCGCUUCAUGUACUCCUUAAAAUUGACUGAUACUGCUCCAAGGGCCCCAAUAACAACAGGCACUACAAUGACUUUUCGCAUGCGCCAGAGUUUUGCAAUUUCAUCUUUCAAAAGUUGGUAUUUCUCUAACUUCUCAAGUUCCUUAUCUUUCACCCUAUUAUUAUUAUUAUUGUUAUUAUUAUUAUUAUUAUUAUUAUUAUUAUUAUUAUUACUGUUAGAGAGGCCUUGAAAGGACUAGACAUAAAAAGUUGUUUUUGUCCACUUUUUGCAGUUUUUUACCCAUCCAGUCAUUGAUAACAUGAAAAACAACAGAUGGUAUGGUGAUAUUGGUAAAAUCUGGACCCGUUCUUAUUUCACUGUUGCCCGAUGGAUAUGGAUAUUUCUUGACGUCUGGUGCUUGUUUGACUUGGUGUUAUUUCCAGUUGUUUUCACUGUUCUAUUUAUUGUUCGUAUUGCAAGAGGAAGAAGCUUACAUCCCGCUGGUGAGUUUUCUUUUCUAACUUGGUUACCGAGAAUUACCAGUGGCGGAUCUAGGGGAGGGGUCCCGGGGGGCCCGCCCCCCCCCCUUAUUUUUAGACGAAACUGAGGCCCAAGGGGCCGAAAAACGUUUUUUGGAGGACCCCCCGCCCUAGUUAUCUCAGGGUCUGGAUGACAGCCCUCCCCCCCCCACUUUAUCUGAAGGUCUGGAUCCGCACUGAUUACAUGUAGCUGUGAGUUUUGCGGGUUCUUCAGGAUUUAUGGAGAUUAGUUGUCAUCUACUGAGUUUCUGAAUUUGCGAUCAGAACACAGCGCUAAGACGGCAACAAAAUUUGUAAAUUUAAUAAAACGAUCAAGAUGAAUCCACUCUUAAAUUCGACUUUUGCUAGGCUUAUCCGAAAUUCUUGUGCACUCCGUUUAUUGGCCAUGGCGUCAUCACUUCAACAAGGUCAUUCAAGGGGAACUAAGGGCUGGGUAACGAGUUUAAGCCUCAGUUGUUCAAAAGGUGAAUAAGCUAGAUGCGCUAUCCACCUCUAUCCAGUGGAUAAUGCAAUUGGUCUACGGUUUCCUAAAACUUAGUGACAGUUUAUCGGGCCCCCAGUUGUUCAAAAGCUGGAUAGCGCUAUCCACCGCCCGGGAUAAAUCACUACCAAGUGGAUAAAUAUUAGGGAAACCAAUUGCGUGAUCCACUGGAUAGAGAUUUAUCCGGUGAAUAGCGCUAUCCACCUUUUGAAAACUGGGGCCUGGCCCCAGUUGUUCAAAAUUAAAGUUGGAUAGCGCUAUCCAACGGAUAAAUCACUAUCCCACGGAUAACUGCAAGGGAAACCAAUUGCGCUAUCCAGUGGAUAGUGAUUUAUCCAACACCGCGGCAAAACGUCUACGCAUGCGCCAGGUUGAGCAUUUCCGGUCUCUUUUUCAGUCACACUUUCCGGUCAGAUCAAAGUCUCCCGCGCGCGCUCGGCUUGAUUCUGUGUGCAGCUUGUGGUUCAGUUGUUCUGCUUCAUGCUGCUCGUGUUUUUGACUAUUUUGUAGUUAUUGAAAUUGCUUUUAUGGAUAACCAGGCACAGAUCACUGAAACAAUUAGUCGUAUAGAUUCAGAAAAGGUAAGAUGAUUAUAACUCAGUGUGUAAUUUUGGCUAGAGCGUCAGCUAAACUGAUUUUCAUUCACGAAAACAACGUUUUUGACUGUUAUUUUUCACUUAACCUGGCUGAAACUAAGACAUAAAAAGCUAUCAUUGCAAGCUUGUGUAUUGUAGUUCUAAUUUUCCGUUCUUCAGUUUCUCAGUCGUCAUGUGUUAAAGCCGAUUCGAGCUUCAUUUGGAAAACGACAACACACAAUCGCUUUGUAGUUUUAUUUACCGGUGAGUUACUGUGUUUUGAAACGAAACUCUUCUGAGUUGAUUGCCAUGAAACAUAAGAUUAAUUAUACUGUUGAGGUUGGCAGCAAGUUGACAACCCUAUUAAUUUUUUUCAUUCUCAGAAUCAGAGAGUGAAAGCUGGUUCGAUGGCUUUUGGAAGUCGAACUUUUCAUGCCAUGUAUUUAGCAGCUGGAAGUUUCGUGUUUGCAUGAGAUGCAGCCGAGCCGCACAGUCUGAAAUUCUUCAACCAAAGAACAACCGUGUAAAAGAAUUAAAUAGGCAUUUUCUUGAAUGAAAGUCAUUUAUAGGCAUGUUUAGUUUCCCGGCACUGAAAACUCCGGGUGUUCGUGAAUGUAGACAUGAAAGUCGAAGUUGUUAUUAAAUCCCGCCCAUCUCUUGUUUUGAGGUCUUGUUUUCUCCGAUAAUAAAAAAAUUAUUAAACGGACUAAAAUUUUAUUUCCUGGUUUUAGUGUUAAUGAUAAUGAUGACGUCUUUAUUUUGGUUUCUUUCAUACGCAUUGUUACUCUUUUCUUAGUUGUCGCCUUCUCCCAUAACUUCUGCCAAACCAGUAGCAUGCAAGAAAGCCAGUAAACACAAAUUCGUGGUGUCGAGCGCUCGCGACCUGCAAACUUCAAACAUCAUUUUCACCUUUGGUGCAAACAGAUAACCAUGUGGUGCAAAAGUUUGACGCUAGAAAAAUAUAUAAGCUUUCGAAUUAAGUGAUUUUUUUCGCCCCCUUUUUUGUCUGUUACUCCCUUUUUGCUUUUAAACUUGGUGCGACGGCAAUGUUAUGCUUACGCAAUUGGUUUAUAUACUAGACCAGAAAUAAAAAGCUGACCGGAUGUUAAAUUUUGUGCUCAUGCGCAGUGCGUUUUGCCGCGGUGUUGAUUUAUCCAAUGGAUAGCGUUAUCUACCUUUUGAACAACUGGGGUCCUGGUGGAUAGUGCUAUCCAACGUUUGAACAACUGGAGUCAUAAGGAUACAUGUAUGAUGCGAAAAGGAGUCAAAAGGUCUUACCCUGUUUUUUGUUUGUUUGUUUGUUUUUGUUUUCUACUUUGAAUGUUUUAGAACCAAGGCAAAAGGAUUUGUAUGGUAAGAUGCAUUUCUCAAUAUAUGUAAGUUCUAGCCGACUAUAUAGUUUUGCCGAUUGUUUAGUUGUGAUGGAGAGAAGAAAAUUAAAGCCCACUUGAGGUGUAAAUGAAGAGCCUUUCGCUUUUGAAUACAUUGGAACCUCUAUUCGGGAGUCACCUUUGGGACCAAGGAAAGUGUCCCCUGAAUGGAGGCUGGGCUGGGAUUUGUUAAUAAUUAACCAACAAAGAAAAUAUUUUUAAUAGAGCCCAAAGAGGCGUCUGCUCCCGCAGGCCAGGGAAUCUUCAGCAGUCGUUAUUUCAAGCAGCUAGAUAAUGUAUAAAUUGUUGAAUUCUCACAACUGCAGUUCAUUGAUUUAAGUGAGUUAAUUUAUGUUUUGAAAGCUGUCGCCAUUGUGACUAGUGAACACUUAACUUAUCAAUGAUUCAGUGGUCAGUCACUUUUUGAUUGUCAAGGUGUCCCCUGAAUGGCGAUUAAACCGAAGUUGAGGGACCCAGAAAAAGUGUCCCUUUCCUUUGAAUAGACGGUGUCCCUUCAGUAGAGGUUACAAACAUAAAGAUUAUGUACUGUGAACAUUUUUCCAGGACCAAAUUUUGUGUCCCCUGAACGGAGGUGUCCCUCUGAUAGCGGUGUCCCAAAGGAGAUUCGGUUCCACUGUAUGUAGUGCGAAAUGCCAGAAAUACUUUUGUAACACUGUUAUGAACUAAUUGGUCAAAUUUGAGGCCAGUUUCUCCACAUUUACCUCACGUUAAAUUUAACUGAAGAAACAAGAAAUAAAUACAUUACAGAGAGACACGUUAAUAUUAAUAUUUGCUUUUUUUCAGAGAAUUAUCGCGAUUACUUUACAACACCUUACUUCAUCUUCGUCCGUGACACUUUGAGCUAUCUGGCGUUACUAGGACUCCAUUUCGCCGUCUGUCUGAGCCCAAGCAGUAUCGAGAUGACUGGCCUAGAGUGGGCCAUCAUGGUCUUUUUUAUGGGUCGAACCUUACUGGAGAUUCAACAGUUACGUGCCAUAUACAUAGACAUGAAACGGUACAAACAACGCGAGUUGAAGAUG